AAGCGCAGCCAGUCAGCUCGAUCCGGAGUAAAUCCAGCGAUUCGCGAGGACAAGCCAGAGAGCCUCUCCGGUCCGCUGCAGCGCAACUUCUCCGGAGUUGCCGGCACGGAAGGGACGUCAAGGGGGGAGGCGCCACGGAAAGCCGGGAGAGGUCCCGGCGUGGCUCUGUCUUGCUUGCCUCCUACGAGAAGCGGAGAAUAACGGAGGGCGGCUUGUAAAAGGCGCGGCCACCCACCUUUAACGCCCUGCGCUAAGCCCGAAAGAGACGCUUUGGCUCUUUCUUUGGCACCGCCCGGGCUACUGCCUCCCUUAGUUGCGGUUCUCAACCUUCGGGGCUCCGCCGACGCCUGGUGACGGCGGAUCGGGCUGUUUUCUUUCGCGGAAUAGCAGCCAGGAUGGUCGGGAAGCGUAAAGGGGUCUCGCAGGUGCAGCGGUCCUGCAAGAAAGUCAAGGGAGAGGGCUCAGCCGCCGCCGCCUCUUCCUCCUCCUCUUCCCCGGGUCUGAAAACUUGUGAGCAGCGAGACGAUGAAUUUGAAGAUGAAAAACCUGAGAAGAAAACUAGGCCCAAAUUGUCAUCUGGAAAAAAGAGAGAAAAAGAGCAUGUCCCUCAGACACUUUGUAAAAAUUCCAAUGAAAAAAGACCAAAAUCCAAAGUCAAGGAGGAAAUGAACAGAAGUAUAGAAAGCCAAGGCUUCCUUCCAAAAGCGGGGAAACGCAGUGGUUCGCAGAGAUCUUCUUUAAAGAAAAAAACAGAUGCAAAAAAAGAAUUAAUUAUUACAAAGAAAGAAGAAGAUGAGGAUGAGGAAAGUGAGGAAGAAUGGGAAGAUGUGGAAGAACUUUGUGAACCUGAGAUCGAGAUGCUGAAAGAAGCGAAGGCACCAAAGCUGCCCAGCCCAACUGUUGAGAUAGAAAUUGAAACACCUGAACAAGCAAAGAAAAGAGAGAGAAGAGAGAAACGGCAAGCUGAGUUUGAGAUAUAUCUUCGUCGAAUGGUGAAACGCUUCAGCAAAGAAGUCCGCGAAGAUACCCAUAAGGUUCACUUAUUGUGCCUAUUGGCCAACGGUUUCCAUAGGAACAGGAUCUGCCUUCAGCCAGAUCUUCAAGCGAUUGGCCUUUCUAUCAUUCCAAUUCGCUUUACCAAAGACUCCGUAGAUCGCAUCAACCGUCUGUUUCUGUCAAAUCUUGUGAAUUGGUUUUCUGCAACUUUCACUAUUAACAAUCAGCUCUCCGACAGUGAAGAUUGGCGGGUUACUAUAGAGAAGCGUUUUGCUGUCUAUGCUGCACGAGAUGAGGCGGAACUGGUGCAGAUAUUUUUACUUAUUCUUCGAGCACUGCAUCUAAUGUGCCGGCUUGUAUUGUCUUUACAACCCAUUCCUCUGAAAGAGCCAUCAGGGAAGGGAAAAUCCUCCAAGAAGGUUUCGGUAGCUUCUGGGACAUUGCCCAAUUCUGCCAAAAGCUCAAGACAAUGCACAAGAGCAGAUACUGCUAAGAAGCCAAGCCUCUCCAGGGCCAAAAGACUAAGAAAGAAGUCUCCAACACAGGAAGAUAUUCAGAAAGAUAUAAAAUCUGAGAAUGAUGAGAAGAGUUUGAGGGUGGAACAAGGGCUGGGAAGGCCUAAAAAUGACCGACGACGGCAAGUAGCAUCAAAAGUGUCCUAUAAAGAAGAGAGUGGAGACAGUGAGGAUAAUGAUUCUGAAUUCUGUCCUACAGAGGAAAAUGAUGAUGGCAGCAUAUCUGAUGAGGAUUUUGAAAUUCCCAGAAAAAAACUGAAGUCACCACUAGGAGCCCCUAAAACAACGUUAGGAACCCUGAAAACAAAAGCAAUUGUUAACAAGCAACAAUCCAUGCCUUCUGUGUCGAAAAGACACAAGGAUUCAGAGAUAACUGGUAGUUCGGUAGAGAAAAUGGUCAGUCCAUGUUCUUCAAAUUCAUCCAAGAAGAAAAACAAAAUAAUUUCUAGUGAUGAAGAAGAAGAGCAGAGGCCAGUUGUAUCGAGAGGCACGGACCAUUGGGUAGAGGUUUUUCUUGAACGAGAAGACCGGUGGAUAUGUGUGGACUGCAUGCAUGGCAAUGUUGGACACCCUCUGGAAUGUUUCAAAUACGCCUCAAAGCCAGUGUGCUACAUCAUUGGCAUUGACAACAGUGGAUUUGUAAAAGAUGUAACACAGAGAUACGACCCAGCAUGGAUGACUGCAACGAGGAAGUGUCGUGUGGAUGCCCAGUGGUGGGAAGAUACCUUGGAGCCGUACAAAAGUUCUUUUGUGGAACGAGAUGCAAAAGAAGAAAGAGAGUUUGUAGCUACACUUCAAGAUCAGCCUUUGCCAAACUCCGUCACAGAAUACAAGAAUCAUCCGCUUUAUGCCUUGAAGAGGCAUCUCCUUAAGUAUGAGGCCAUAUAUCCUGAGACAGCUUCAAUUCUAGGAUAUUGCCGAGGGGAGGCUGUCUACUCCAGAGACUGUAUCCAUACCUUGCACUCCAAGGACACCUGGUUAAAACAAGCUCGAGUGGUGAGGAUUGGGGAAGUGCCUUACAAGAUGGUGAAAGGUUAUUCCAACCAAGCGAGAAAAGCACGAAUGGUAGAACCUGCAAAUCGGGACAAAAUGGAUUUGCCAUUGUUUGGUCUCUGGCAGACUGAGAAAUACCAGCCACCUCUGGCUGUUGAUGGAAGGGUUCCUCGGAAUGAGUUUGGGAACGUCUAUCUCUUCCAACCCUGCAUGUUACCAAUAGGCUGUGUGCAGCUAAACCUUCCUAGCCUUCAUAGAGUGGCCCGUAAACUAGAUAUUGACUGUGUUCCAGCUGUUACAGGAUUUGAUUUUCAUGGUGGUUACUCUCAUCCUGUCACAGAAGGCUAUGUAAUCUGUGAAGAGUACAAAGAAGUGCUUGUUGAAGCCUGGGAGAACGAAGAGUCAGAAAGGGAAAAGAAGGAAAAGGAGAAGCGGGAGAAGAGAGUGCUGGGAAAUUGGAAACUGUUGGUGAAAGGACUUCUGAUCAAAGAGAGAUUAAAGAAGCGCUUUUCUACCAAGAAUGAGACAAAAAUCAUGAUGGAAAGGGAGUCUGGUUUCUCAUCAGAUGAUGAAGGAGGACCAAACUCAGAAACACUUGCUGAAGAUGUGGCUAUUUCUUGGCCCCAAAAUCGACAAGCUGAGGAGCAGAGUGAGAAAGGAAAAACAACCAAAAAGAACAAGAGAGAAAAGAAAGGAGAAGCAAAACAUUUGUUCCCGUUUGAGAAAUUGUGACAAGGAGCUUUUCUGCCAGCAGGAACAGCUAAAACAACUCAGGAAACUUCCAACCAGUUUUUCUAAUAUUCCUAGAUGCAUGCAGGACUUGAAGCAGGACAAUUGGUCUGGACUCAUUGCUGGAUGCCUAUAUACCUUUAUAUUGCCCAGUGGCACCUACUUUUCCUAGAUUCUUGAUAGACACAUUUUCUAUAAGGUGCUGCUGAUAGGUAAAGCAAGAACACUGGUGUUGGGGCAAAGUACUUUCCAACGCCAGAUCUUAAUACCUGCAAAUACAUUCCUUUUCUUGGAAAUUUUGAAUUAUUUUAUUGCAAAGUUGUUAACAAGCUAGACACACGAGCUUCCAGGAAGAGUCAUGAAAGGAACAUGUAUACACACAUGUACUCAUACAUGUAUGGGUACUUAUACAUGUUGCAAUAGUAAAGCUGGGUUUAAGUUGUAUUAUAUAUGUAAAAAAAGUGUGGUGGGAAUAAGUGAGGGAAUUGAUAGGAAAUGUCUAUAACUUUAACAGUUUCUAUUCAGCUUUACAGAGGAAACUAACGUGAACAGUAGAGUAGUAUAAUUAAUGGGUAUAGGUAGGACAUUUGGGUAGAAGAUACCUACCAGUAGUUUUUAGCUGAGCUGGAUUUAUUCCUUUUUCCUUUUCCUCUUCUAUAUCAUCAAGAAAACUCUGAGUCUUACCUUAGUAUAUUGAUCAUGUGACAGAUUCCAGUUUUAGACACUGUAAACGGUGUAGUCCAAGUGAGGCUUAUUACAAAAAUGGCUUGCAGUCUGCCACAUGUUCAGGCAUAGUGCAAUUACUUAACUGCCUAAUGUGCUAUUUUGAAUGUUUUACCAAUGCCCACUUUUUUGUGCAAAAGAAAUAACUAUAGCAGUUGUCUUACUGAAAGCAAUUUUAGAAGUACAUUGUUUGGUUUAUAUUCUGUCAUGAUAAGCUUAGUCUAUUUGACUUGACCAGAACUAAUUUGGGCACUUUAAAUUUAUUCAGAUAAAAAAUAUAUACUGAAUCUUGGGUAAAAAAUAAAAACUUAAGUCCUGAGCACCA